CCACAUUCUCUUCAUGAAGGACACUUUGUGUCCAGGGCCAGGUUCACCUUCACUGCUUAUACAGGGAGAGGCAGAGUGAGGAGCACGGGAGAGAAAGAAUAGAGAGAGGAACUUUAAAGAGAGGUGAGACAGGGAGAUUAAGAGAACGUGGGACAGCAAUUGAGAGAGACAGAUAGUGAAAGGUGACAGGGGACAGAGAGAGAGAGAGAGAGAGAGAAAGAGAGAAAGAAAGAAAGAAAGAAGUGUGUCCUUCACGCUCAUUUUGAGCACCUGUGGAGUAUAACCCUUUCUUCAAAGACAAACGUGUUGGUCAGGGGUUCACCAUGGCAACCAAGACGCUGAUGACACGGGUCCAGGAAGAGCAGUCCCACCAGAUGUCCCACAGCAUGGCGCUGGCCUCGCUGAUCAAGUAGAAAACCUUCACCUCCAGGCUGCGCAGAAGGCUUCCAUCCAUUUUAAGUAUCUGGAGGACCUGAGUCAUAAGGCCCCAGACUUCCUUAUCCCGCUAAGAGCCCACAUGGUGUGGGAGGGCAUGGGGGUCAAACUCUCUUGCACCAUCCAGGGAUGCCCACCCCCUAGGGUCACCUGUAUUCAUGCCUGAGCAUACGCAGAGCUCUGGACCAGAUGACCUGCGGCUUAUGAGUUGAACAAUCCCAGACGGGACGCAUGCAUCCCAAUGAGCUUCGAGAGUCUUGACUCGACUGAGACGGAGCUCAAGAAGAAAUGAUGGGACACCUCUGGGUGCCUAUGGCCAGGCCUGGAACUACAGUCUGAAGAAGAAGUUUGGCCUCAACUCGCUGGAAAUCAGAAGGUGCUCUGUUGAGGAUGCUGGGGAGUUCGAGGUGGUUGCCAAGAGUUCUCUGGGUGAAGCUACUACCAUUGCCACUCUGGUGGUCAACUGUAAAUAGCUGCUGAUUCUGACAGCUUUCAUGGACAUGCAUAUCAAGGAGCCGAGGCCACAAUCGAGCAAUCCUGGACCCCAAUCUUACUCUUCCUCCUUCCCCCACGCCUCCUCCUCUUCCUCUGUAGUUGCAAUAGUGGAGCGGGAGGCUCUAUUGAGUUCAGCUUCCCUCCGACCUGGGUGAAAGAGGGGAAUCUGAGAAUCUGACCCUGCAGUGUGCCUUCUCCUCAGCCCUGCUGCCCUUCCAACAGGACGUGGCCUGGUUCAGAGAUGAUGCGUCUGCAGUCAUGUCUGGUGGCCCAGGCUCUCCUCUGGCCCUGAAGGUUUCUGAUGUACAAAAGGACUAUGUCUUCCUCACCUGUGAGCCUCCCAGUGCUGAUGGAUCCUACCAAGUGGAGGGUUACUUUGUGGAGAGGUGUGACAUUGGUAGUGGGCAGUGGGUGAGUUGCAAUGACACCAUUCAGAAGGCAUGCAUGUCACUACCCUUUGAGGGGUCUGAGUGACAGCAACAUCUACCAGUUCAGGGUGUGUGCCGUCAACCAGGCAGGUGUGGGACACCCCUCUAAGGCCACCGAGCCUGUCAUCACCACCGACCCUUUAGAACACACUAGAACUAUGGUUAUCAAGGUGGACAGAGGUAGAGACAUCACCAUCACCAAAGAUCAGCUGGAAAGUCAGAUGAAAGUCCCAUUCCCUCCCACUGGUGUCCAUGCCUGUGAGGUGAGUGACAACUACGCCAUGCUUAGCUGGACUGAGCCGGAGCCCAGAGGCAAGGAGCAACUUACCUUCUAUGUGGAGGGGUCCAUUGCAGGGAAAAACAGUUGGCAGCUGGCCAGCAUGGACAUCACGGUGGGCUCUCCCAGGUUCCCCUUGUUUUACCUACAGAAGGGGAAGUCCUACUGCUUCCGGGUGCGCUCCGUCAACAAGUAUGGCGUGAGCGAAUCCUCAGAGCCGAGCCUGCCCAUCUCACUGGGACAACCCCAAGCUGCUCCUGCUCCAGCCACCUCCGUCUUUGCCAUCCGAGACACAGAUUCUGCUGUCCUGCUUCAGUGGCAGGAGCCCUUGGAGAAAGAGGGCAUUCUGGGAUACUACCUGUACUACAGCGAGGCUGGGAAGCAAGAGUGGAGGACGAUCAACAACAAGCCAACCACCCACACCAAGUACAUCCAUGGUCUGAAGUCGAAGAAGGAGUGUGUGUUCAGAGUUGAGUCUGUGGGGCGAGCUGGGAACAGUAUCUACUCCAACGAGUCUCCCCCUAUCUUGGUGAAAGCAGUUCUCGUCGCCCCAUCCCCUUCCACUGCCAUCGCCCUGCUGCUCUGCACUGGCUCUGAGAUGAUUCUCACCUGGAGAGCCCCUGCUAACAAUGGAGGAGACCCUGUACGAAGCUACUACCUGGAUCAGAAGGACAAAGAGCUGGACUCCUGGAGAAAUGUCAACACCAAGCCUGCCAAGGAGAGGCAGCACAAGGUCUGUAACCUGGAUAGGGGGCAUUACUAUCAGUUCUGUGUUUUUGCUGCCAGCGUGGUUGGUGUUGGUAAACCCUCUGAGCCCAGUGAGGCUUUCCUGUGUGAGGAGUGGACCAUGCCUGAGCCAGGCUGCCCUUAUGACCUGGAAUUCAGGGUUAACUCUCUAGUCCUCCUGUGGGCAGUGCCUCUCUAUGAAGGACAGCAAGGACCAAUCACAGGGUACCUGGUGGAGCUGAGCGAGGGAGACCAAUCACAGAGCUGGACUGCUGUGAAUGAAGAGCCAAUUGCAGACACCGUUUUGAAGGUUGGUGUCAGGUCUCUAUGCUGGUCAGACCUAUCGUUUCAGAGUGUGUGUCUUCAACAAGGUCUAGAAUGGGCAUCCCUUCUCUGCCCUCUGAGCUUAUCAGAGCCCAGAGCCCAGACCCAACCAGACACCAGAGACAUAGAGAUUGGUGUGGACAAUGAUGGCUUCAUCUUCCUGGCCUUUGAGGCCACUGAAAUUACGGAGAAGAGCACGUUUGUCUGGAGCAAAAACUACAAAGAGGCUAUUGAAGCUGGAAGAGCCAGGGUACUUUGGGAGAACAAUAGGCCCAUCCUCACCUUCACAAACGCCACUAAAGAGGACCUGGGCCUACGACCUGCACAAAAGAUUGCUGCUCCCUGUAAUUCCCCCUCUCUUUCUUUUCCCAUAGAUCUGGAGAGACUGACCGAGCUCGGCUGGCACAUCUGCCACCCAUUGAUAGCCUUGCGCUCCAAGUGGCAGGUGGAGUUGUCAGAGAAAGGGAACGUGAGUCUUUGGAUGCAGACCGAGAGCCUGAGCAAUGCUGCAGAGCUCCGCCUCAUUCUCAGCGACAGAGAGAUCUCUAGUGCUGCAAUUAACUUUGACAAGGCCAGUGGGCUGAUAGAGAUCCUGUUUGACCAGCUGUCUAAGGAGGACGAGGGCCCCUACACAGCUCAGCUCUGCGACGGCCGCGCCAAGAACCAGUUCGCCCUGGUGCUCGUAGACGAGAAGUUUCGUCAGACGCUGGCUCAGUCCAUAGCCAACAGAAUGGACUACAAGAGAAAGUCAGGACCCUAUUUUCUGGAGUUUUUGUCAUGGACCGUGACAGAGGACUGUGAGUUUAUAACCAAAUGCAAGGUGACCAACGUAAGCAAGGAUACGACUCUGAAAUGGUUUAAGGACGGCGUGGAGACUCCAGCUGUGUAUGACCAGCAGACUGGAGUCAGCACCAUGACUGUGCAACAGGUGACUAAGGAGGAGGGGCCACGACAAAGCUCGCUGUCUACAGGCCCAGUGAGGAUUCAAUGCACUGCUAUGGGCUUCAAGCUCUACUGCUCUCUCAAGUACUAUAUCAGCUACAUGAAGACCAGCUGGCACUUCAAGGAGAGUAGGAUUGACCAGUUGGAGAGGUGUACGCCUGGCAGCAGUAUGCAGAAGCUGUGGGUCGAGGUCUUUGCGCCCACGGAGAACGAUAAGGGGAAGUACACUCUGGAGAUGUUUGAUGGUCAAGAAAAGCACACCCGCUCACUAGACCUAUCAGGACAAGAUCGGGCCAGGGUGACCAAGGGGCUACCAGAUGUGGUGGCUAUCAUGGAGAAUAAGUCUCUGUGCUUGACCUGCUUCGCUGACGGUGACCCUGCCUCAGAGAUGUUCUGGCUGAGGAACGACAAAAGGCAUCGUCUCAGGGGGCCAGUUCAACAUCGCCAACGAGAACAAGUGCACACUAUGACCCUCAACAAUGUGACUAGCGAGGAAUCAGGCAACUACAGCAUCUUUGUGCGCAACCAGUACGGCACUCAGACGGUCAACGUGACCGUGAGCGUGUACAAGCUUGGCGAGAAGCCCCCGCGCACGAUGCAGUGGAGAUGUAAGGAAGGAAGGAGUGUUGGUUUUGUUGCACUAAGAGACGAUUACAACUGGGUACAGACGUCAAUUCAAUGUAAUUUCCACGCUGGUUCCAAAUGACAUGAAAACAACGUUGAUUCAACCAGUGUGUGCCCAGUGGGAUGUGUUUGUGUGGUUGAGCCAGUUUGUUUUCAUGGAGUUAAAUUGGAGUUAUUGGGGAGUGAAAUGCUAGAAGCGGUUAAUUUGUGGCAUAGGGAUGUAAAGCAAUGACUAAGAAGUUACUUGUGCUAGACGGAAUGCGGUCAAUUAGGACAAUGUGAGGUCCAGUCAAACCUGCAACAACCUGUUUUCUUGUGUCAUUAGACUACCAAUAAAUAUCCCAAGAGUGUCAGCUACAA